CCAGUCUUUUCGUCUCGUCUACCAUCAUCACCAUUCACUUACCUAUUCUCUUUAAAUCUUACUGCUAUUUUCAUCCCUUUCCACUCCUGAACGCAAUCUACUCUUUCUCGCCUGGGAUGCUUCGGGCUUCCUGGCGAUCUGCCGUGACCCCGGCAAGAAGCAACCUCUACUGGUCGUGUUUAUCCCGCGGCUCCAGUGCGCCGCCACGCCAGCAGUUAUGGACGCGCUCCUUUUACAGCCAGUCUCGCCUACGUUCCCAGACACCAACUACCACCGAUGCCGAACACCCACUCAAUCCUCCAGUCCCCAACAAACUCGAUAUUGGUUUGCACUCUGAGCCGGAGCCGGAGCCGGAGCCGGAACCGGAAUCACAUCAUGAGGCUGACAAUGUUCACGACAAAGCCUCGAAGAUAGAGGUUUCAGCCGAUGAGACUUCCGAUGCUCCUGCACAAACCACCUCCGGUUCCUCUACGCAAGAGGCUUCCGACUCCCCUGCGCGAAAGGAUAAGGGCUCAUCACCUGUCAAACACGCCAGAGCAAUAAGUUCCAGCAGUGGCACGAUCAAGCUGAGAAAGUUCCUCAAACCACUUCCCGUAGAAACGCCGGAAGUACCAAGUCUAUCUUUCGGACUGGAUCGAGUCCUAUUCAACCAGGGAGUUUACACGCUGCGAGAUCCGAGAUCGCGAGUUUACAACUUUGAUCCAUACUUGGGCUCCAUUAUGCCUGUUACCGAAUUCGAUUUCCAAGCUCUGAAAGACUACAUCACUUCCUCCAAAGAUAAGCAACUGCAUUCGCUUGCGCGUAAGGCGCGUAAGAAAUACAUUGGGUCCUCCUCGAGUAUGACUUCGGUGCUGUCCCACUUCCACUACCUGCUGUCAGCCUGGCGACCCGUCGACAUCAGCAGCCUGUCUCAAGGCUUCAGUGAGGAUCUGAGGACUUUCACGCGACUCUUGCGAGCGCCCGCGGCCAUGUUUCUGCACUACCAGGAUGGUGUAUAUGCUAUCGACGCCGAUAAGGAGUUUGACUCGGCCAAUAUUCUAAUGAACUUGGGGAAGUCGAUGGAGAAGCUGUUGACCUUGCCAAAGGAGGAGUUUGAGCGCUACCGACGGUCCAGCGCCAAUAAGAUCACCCCCGAGGAAGAAAAUGCGAUUCCGGAAUCAUACCACUACUCCACAAUGGGCGAUUUUCUCAUGCGGUCUCAGCUGGACGCUUAUGACCCACGGCUGCCCGGCACUGGCAUGUUCGAUCUGAAGACCCGUGCCGUGGUGUCAAUUCGGAUGGAUGCGCGCAACUUUGAGCAUGGCCUGGGUUACGAGAUCCGCCGGCCUCGUGGCAUGUAUGAAUCGUAUGAGCGCGAGUAUUAUGAUAUGAUUCGGGCCGCCUUCCUCAAGUACUCGCUCCAGGUGCGCGUCGGGCGUAUGGACGGCAUCUUUGUGGCAUUCCACAAUAUUGAGCGCAUCUUUGGCUUCCAAUAUAUCUCCUUAAACGAGAUGGACAAGGCACUACACGGCCAAUUCGACAACACUUUGGGUGAUCGCGAGUUCGAGCUCAGCAUUCAGCUCUGGAACGAGAUCUUGAACCGCGCCACGAAAAUGUUCCCUAAGCAAUCGAUCCGCUUUCAUUUUGAAACUCGCCCCGGCUCGAAGCCGUAUAUGAACAUCUUUGCGGAGCCCGUCACCGACGACGAAAUCACGGCAAUCCAGAACAAGAACAAGGAAGCUAUUGACGCCUAUCAGAAACGCAUUCUGGAUCUACCCGACGAGCCAGCGCCAGUGCUAGACAAGGAUGUAGGCGAGAAUGGAGAUUUGGUCCCUGAAGAUGAAGAUGCGAUGUAUGACGAGACACUGAGAGACCCCGCGGAGGCCUCGGCGGAGGAAGAAGAGGAUGAUGCGGCGAUGGAAGACUCAAGCACGAAUGACAAGUCGACCAUUGAUACAAACAAGAAGCUCUUCGCUGCUGUCCUCACAAUCGAUAAUUUCGUGAACGAUGUCCAGGUCGAAAGACCUGAGAAGUUAACCAAGAAAGACAGGUGGGAGAUCGCGUACAGGAUUGACUACCUGGACGGGACUGACCCGCAUACACAUCACAUCUAUGCUUCUCUCCAAAAACGUCGCCGACUCGCCCUCGACUUUGCAAAAGAUGAGGAGCCAAGUCCUUAUCUCAAGAAGCUCCGGUUAAUUUCGCAGUCUGGUCGACGUUUCCGCGAGCGACAAAACCAGAUUGAUUCGAAAUCCAGGCUCAUCGUCUACCGCCCUCGGCCCCCUAAUGGUGGUCCAGCCUAUGGGAAGAACUUCGGCAAACACACCAAGUUCGCUGUCCAAACACCUCUCAGAAAGCCUUUCAACAAGCCAAUGAAAAAGUCUUCCCAGAAGCCUUUCCAAAAGCCUGCCAACAAGCCUCAGGCCACCAAGCAGACCCCCAAGAAGACCACCAAACAGACCCCCGAGAUGACCCCCGAGCAGAACCCCGAACAGGCCCCCGAGCAGACCACCAAGCAGGCUACCGAACAGGCUACCGAGAAAACCAUCGAGCAGUCUACCGAGCAGUCUACCGAACAGGCCCACGAACAGGCCGCAAAGCCGGCUGCCACUCAGGAGAACUAGCAAUAGGAGACGAGAAACUUCCUUCCGUACAAGGGAGAAACCGGCUUAUAGCAUAAUUGAGAUUCACCUCAUAGGGACGGUGUCUUUGCCUGCGUGGCGGCGCGUGUAUAUGUAUGUACUGGAUAGGGAGUUCAGGUUUUUCAAAGAAGUAGAAAGCGUUUAGUUUUCUUUUUUUUUACCCCCUUGUUACUUCUUCGGUUUCUUUUUGGUGGUGAAUGUUCUUACAAUAAAAGCGCC